CGGGACAGAGUGAGAGGGAGUGAGAUUGCUAUGGAGACUGGUAAACUUACCGAGCAGGAAGCGCAAAACCAUCAAUAUCGAAUCAGUUAACCUUUAAUGGUUUCGUUAUAAUAGCUAUCAUGAGUAUUUUGGGUUGACAUUGCUGCAAAUGGUAUGACUGGAUGGAGCUGAAUCUCAAACGUCUGAACUUCAAUGAAAGAUGCCACAAGCCCCCAGCUCAAAAAUGCAGACCAAAUUGAGCACCUGGACACCUCUAAAUCAUCCUCUCUCCAAUGCUAAUGUUUUUGAAGAGAGAAGAAAUCUGCUUGGAAAGUGGUUUGAGAAGUGGACAGAUAGCCAGCGGAAACAGGUGCUACAAGAUUUUUUCUCCAGAUGUUCUGUUAGCCAGCUGAAACAUCUCAGACAGACUUUGUGCAGCUGGGUACCAGAGGAAGCCCUUGACUUCACUACAGUGCUUCCCAGGGUCAUAUCCCUCUAUAUAUUUUCAUUCCUAGACCCCCGAAGUCUCUGUAGAUGUGCUCAGGUGAGCUGGCAUUGGAAAAACCUGGUGGAGCUUGACCAACUGUGGAUGCCUAAAUGUCUGAAACUAGGCUGGUGCAUAACUUUUGCUCCAACACCAUUUGAACAAGGUGUAUGGAAGAGGCAUUACAUAGAGACAGUGCAAGAGCUUCAUAUUAGCAGGCCCAAGAUGCCUGUGAAGGAAGACUUUAUUAUUCCUGAGGUGAAAGUAAUUGGCAGUGAGAUCGUGGGGUCACAGAAGUCUGUCCUCUCAAGUCUGCAUGGGAAAAGUAAAGAUGGGAAUGACUUGGUGAAAUCAGCCAAAGGUCUUCCUCCAUGGAGAGACUCAGACAGGCAUCCCACCGACAUAAUACGCUUUAACUACUUGGAUAACCUUGACCCAGUUGAACAUGCAAGAAUAAUAGGGGAAAAGGGGAAAAGUGCUACUUCCAAUACAACAAGACAAGAAAAAACAACGAAAGCACCAUCUUUCUCAACAUACAAGCUGCGCAAGGCCAAAUCUUUGAUGUUUUUAUCCUUGGAUCUCAGUGCAGCAGGAAAGCAAAAACAUAACAGGCCGCAAUGGGCAGCACACAAUUUACAAGCACUUCCGGCUAACAAGGACUCCAUAAAGAGACUUUCCCAGACCUCCCAAUGGAAUGCAGGGAUACGUCCUGGUCCAGUAAGGCCCCCAGUGCCCAGACUGAGUAAGGAGGGGCUCCGUGCAUCACAGAGAUCCCAUAGAAGCACACCAACUAUGUCUCUCUUUGAAGGACAGCCAUGAAGGAGACCAAUUUAUGAAGAAUCAAA